CGGCUCUGUGAGUUUGGCAUCGCUGCAUAGACCCGAGCAGAUCACAUAAACAGCGAUAUUAAAAUAGAUCAAGUCUCAUUUCUGCGACAUCAAGAGGGACAGAUCAUACCAUCAUCAUGGCAGAAAACAUAAUCAUCCGUGUCCAAUCUCCAGAUGGAAUGAAAAAAAUCCCCUCAACAAAGCGUGAGACAGCUGCAGCUUUCCUUAAGAAGGUUGCCGAAGAGUUUGGCUUUAGUUCAAAUGGUUUUUCAAUCUACCUGAAUCGGGACAAGACUGGAGAGAUCCUGUCACAGAAUAAGACUCUCAGCCUGCUGAAAAUCAAGCAUGGGGACAUGCUUUUUCUGUACCCAUCCUCAGCUGGACCCUCCAGUGAGAACAUGGACACAGCUCAGCCUCACACUUCUUCUUCAUACCCCUCCUUCCCUUCCUCCUCCUCCUCAUCAUCUUCCUUAUCCCGCUCACACUCUGCACCACAGAUCCCAGAGGAUGAGAUUGACCAGUAUCUGUCCAAACAGGAGGGAAAGAUCUACAGAAACAGAGAUCCCCAGCUGUGCCGGCAUGGUCUCAUGGGGAAAUGUGUGCACUGCGUACCUUUAGAGCCUUUUGAUGAAGACUAUCUGAACCACCUCGACCCACCGGUCAAGCACAUGUCCUUCCACGCCUACAUCCGGAAACUGACGGGCGGAGCAGACAAGGGAAAGUUUGUGGCACUUGAGAAUAUCAGCUGUAAGAUUAAAUCUGGCUGUGAGGGUCAUCCGCCAUGGCCAGAGGGCAUCUGUACCAAAUGCCAACCCAGCGCCAUCACUCUCAACAGACAGAAAUAUCGACAUGUGGACAACAUCAUGUUUGAGAACCACACCAUUGCUGACCGUUUCCUUGACUUUUGGAGGAAGACGGGCAACCAGCGGAUGGGGUACCUGUACGGACGCUACACCGAGCACAAAGACAUCCCUCUCGGCCUUCGAGCCGAGGUUGCCGCCAUUUAUGAACCUCCUCAGAUCGGAACCCAGAAUAGCUUGGAAUUGAUUGAAGAUCCCAAGGCAGAAGCAGUUGAGGAGAUGGCUGCAAAACUGGGCCUACGGAAGGUGGGGUGGAUUUUCACAGAUCUGCUGUCAGAGGACACCAGGAUAGGCACCGUUCGCUACACCAGAAACAAGGAUUCAUACUUCCUUAGUGCAGAGGAAUGCAUCACAGCUGGACACUUCCAGAACCAACAAUCCAAUGCGUGUCGACUUUCUCCAGAUGGACAUUUUGGAUCCAAGUUUGUCACAGUGGUGGCAACAGGUGGUCCCGAUAACCAGGUGCACUUUGAGGGGUAUCAGGUGUCCAAUCAGUGCAUGGCUCUGGUGAGGGAUGAUUGUCUACUUCCAUGCAGAGAUGCUCCUGAACUGGGCUAUGCCAAAGAGUCCAGCACAGAGCAGUACGUCCCUGAUGUCUUCUAUAAGGAUACAGACAAAUUCGGCAAUGACAUCACGCAUUUAGCCCGACCACUGCCAGUGGAGUACUUGAUCAUUGACAUCACCACCACUUUCCCAAAAGACCCUGUAUUCACCUUCUCCUCUACUUUUCGCUUCCCAAUUGAAAACAGAGAUGCUUUGGGGGAGACCCAGGACUUCCACAGUUUAGCGACGUAUCUUUCCCAGUGUUCUUCCUCCUCCUCCUUCCUGGGCAUCGUCUCAGAUUUCCACCUGCUCCUCUUUCUUGUAACCAAUGAGGUCAUGCCCUUAGAGGACAGCAUCGGACUUCUGCUGGAUGCGGUGAAGACAUCCAAUGAGGAAUUGGCUCAGACCUGGAAGAAAUCAGAGCAAUGGGCCACAAUCGAUCAGCUCUGCAACACAGUUGGAGGGCAGCCAUCGGGAUCUAUGGAUUAUGCCAUGGGCGGCCAAACUCUCCCACAGUCCUCUUCGGCUGUGUGGUCCUGCCUCCACUGCACCUUUAUGAACCAACCUGGCACUGAGCACUGCGAGAUGUGCAGUUUGCCUCGCAGCUAAAACCACAAGAAUUCGGGCUGAACCGUACAUCCCACCGGGAACAGCAGUGAGAGUGGGAGUGCUUCCCUGUAUUCCUGCCGUUGUAGUAUGCCUAAUCCUUAACUCCUCCCCUCCCUCACUGACUGUGUCGGAUCUAAACGCCUAUGCCAGCCGCGUGCUUGAAUAUGCGCCCAAUCCAACGCUGUGAGCUGCAUCACUUGGAUGAUGAAUGAUGGCCGAAGAUGAUGGGUUUUGCCCAUGUAGCACUCUCUGUGUGAGCCCAGUGCAUUCUGGGACUUUUAUUUUGACAAAGCACUUGGGCGAAGCACCUUUCACCCUACCCAGUAUAGUCUUUCAGCGCCAUUGGUGAAACAUGAUCAAUUUCUCUGAUAUUAAACGUCUUUCCCCAACUAUCACUGAGGAUGUUGUGUAAAUAAUAAACUGAGAAGGAAUAAUGCUGUUAUUUAAUUUCAGAAGAUUUUAUACGUUGAGAGAAUUGACUUUUUCAAGCCCAUUUUUAGGUGAAUGUGCAGCUGAAAGAUUUUUCACGUCACCACGGUUUCUUAGAUCUUCAACCUUAGUGUUGCAAGUUCAGAACACUUUCUUCACCCAACAUGCAUGCUUUCUUGAUACACUUCCAUUCAUUUCCUUCACAUAAUCCCUCACUUUGUUUUGAUGGACGAUGAUUUUCCUUGAGCAACAGUUCUAAACGCUUGAUUAGAUUGGAGUUUGAAUGGUUAGUUUGGCUGCAGACCCAGAGCGAGGUUCCUUUUCCUUAAGAUUGUAAUUGACCAUUGACUUCUCAAGGCUUAAGAAACUGUGCCUGAUUGGUCGUAAAAACUGUAGCCACUCAACUUUGGCGCUGGUACCCUUUUCUGCACCAUUUCACUGUCAUCACCCCUUUCCUUUUCAAUUUCCCCUUCCGUCCCCUUGGCGCUUGUCGAGAUUUCAGUUAUGCUGAUUUUAUUUCCACCGUUCAGCCCUUGAGGAGCCUGCAUCAUUGCCCCUUCAAAGGGUUCUGUCAGGGCCAUCUCUGAACACGCUCGCCCACCUGUCGGCUCCACAUCUGGUGGAAAUGGAGAGAUUGAUUGAUGGGGAAGGAACAGAGCUACAAAUAUAAAAGCAAAAGUCUAAACUUAGUCCACUUGAUUGACAUCUUUGCCCUUGGACUUCACAUUUUUGUAAACCAGCCUCAGAUUUUUUAGAUUGGUCUGUGUAAUGUGGACAGAUUUUACUGGCUGGACACAGGGUUACACUGUCUUUUGACAGACUUUUUUCCAUUUGGUCAUGACUUCCUCAAUGUUUUAGAAACCAGUCCAAAGACAUGAUCUCUUAAAUAUGCAUUCAGGAGAGUUUCAGCCUUCUGAAAUGAUCUAGAUGUUUACAUUGCGUUAUAUUUUGUAGAGUUUCUUUAAAUUUCUUGAUUCCCAAACUCACCCAUAAUUUCCGACACUGUAAAAUUCAGUCUAUUGGUUCACUUAAAUAGGCACACAUUGGUCUUUGUCCACUGGAUAAAGGCUAUUUUUGGUUUAAAAAUGUGAGGUUUGAGGUUGUACACAGUCUUUCCUCUGAGCUGCGGAUAGCUGUACUUACAUUGUCACAAAACACAGGUGCCCUGAGUUGUAUGCUUUCAAUUGGUUUGGGGUUUUUAAAUAAGAGAAUAGUUCAACAAUAAAACUGAUUACUUUGGA